CGAUGGCCGCUCUCUCAUCAAUAUUGGGAUUUUAACGCGAAAACAAUGGCUUCGUCGCUCGGAAAGAUGUGCUGUUGUCUUUACUAACUACCGGAAUGAUAGCGGAAUUGUUUUAGCUGGUCGGUUUUGUUCUAACGCCGGGUUGGAGAUGUCCCGUUUCUGUUAAGGACUCAGUGUUUUUCUUGUUCGUCUCCCGGGCCUGUCCGCAGCUGCCUACACUGUAGCGGCGGGUUGCUACUUUCGGAUGAGCGGGCAGUAGCUCUCGAAGAGUUGUAGGAUGGAUCCAGACAGUGGGGCAGAAACACAAAAAGCUGUCAGUUUGCAGUGGAAGAGCUACAAACUUGUCCAGGACCCUGCUAUUAGACGGGUUGCACAGAAAAUCUACAGAUAUGAUGGAGUGCAUUUCAGUGUGCCAGACUCUGGAUUUCCUCCUGUGGGUGAAUUACGGGACCCUAGACCCCGGAGGCUGUGGUCCAGGUAUACAGAACUGUCCCUGCCAGUGCCGAAGUUUAAGCUUGAUGAGUUCUACGUGGGUCCCAUACCCCUCAAGGAGGUGACCUUUGCUAGACUCAAUGACAACAUCAAGGAGCCCUUCUUGGCAGAAAUGUGUGCCAAGUUUGGUGAGGUGGAGGAGAUGGAAAUUCUGUUUCACCCCAAGACCAGGAAGCACUUGGGCCUGGCCAGGGUGUUGUUCACCAGCACCAGAGGAGCCAAGGACACAGUCAAGCAUCUGCACAACACCUCUGUCAUGGGUAACAUCAUCCAUGCUCAACUGGAUAUAAAGGGCCAGCAGAGGCAGAAGUAUUAUGACCUGAUAGUAAAUGGGUCCUACACUCCUCAGACAGUGCCCCUGGGAGGCAAAGCUUUAACAGACAGGCUCCAGCCUCAGACCCCGACACAGCCACAGCCUGACACGUCAUCAGAAAUCAGGCGGAGGCUCUCCAGUGAGCUUGCAGUUUUGGCAGCAGGGGUCCAGGCCCUCACAUCAGGAAACAUUACACCUUGCUCUGUGGACACUGGCUUCAGUGAUCAACGUCUGGACACACCUCCCCCCUCCUCCAUGGCAGGUCCCUACACCCCGGGUUCCUCUGCUUCGUCUCAGGGUGGUGGGACACCUUACAGCUCCAGGUCUGGGACUCCUUUCUCACAAGACUCGGGCUACACCGGGGGCAGGCAUACUGGCUACAACACUGGCACUUUGGGCAGCGGCUACCCUCCCCAGGACAUGUUACCCUCCUCCUCCUCGUCCUCUGCAGUCUCGUCUACUGUUGGAGGAUACAAAGUCUCUCGCUACUCUGAGGAUGCACAGGAACCUUCUGUGUAUCAUCGAGGUCGCCCUAUGUACCCCCCAACCACAUCAUACCGUCCCAAUGAGCCGCCGUGCUAUCCCCCAUACCCAAAUGUUGGAGGGCCUGGGCCACAUAUGGCGCACCACUCCUCAAUGCCUCCCCCACCCCUUGCCAACCAGUACGAUCAGCCCCCAAUGUCAGACAGGGAACGGGACCGUGACAGAGACUCAGGGGGGCGCUAUGCGGCAGGGGGGAUUGCCUCCAGAAGGUCAUCUUACCACCACCAGCAGGACACAAACUCUUCCUCAAAGUACCAUUCUCAUCACUCUCAUCACCACUCGGAUCGCAGGGAUGACAGGGGGUACCGGCGAGACAGCCUGGGAUCCCGGUCAGGUGACCAUAGCCACCAGAGGCAUCGCAACCACCACCAUUCUCACAACCACCAUGGCAGCAGCAGCCGCAGAAGGAGCAGCCACGACAGGGACCGAGACAGAGAUAGAGACAGAGACCGGGAUAGAGACAGAGACCGGGACAGAGACAGUGACUACUCCAAUAGUUCUGACCCCAGAUACAAUUCCAACUCCUACCGCUCUUCCUCUAACAGCAUGUCUCCCCCACCCUCAUCUUAUUCUGCAUACUCCUCCUCCAAAGAGCCUGCCCCAGCCCCUCCUCAGGGAUUGGACGUUUCCACCCGUCAAGGGGCCACAAGUCUCACAGAGAGGGGCUCUCUACCUUCAGUAGGUGCUGACAAAGACUAUCAUGCUGGUCACCACAGUGCUCUGCCUCCACCUCCACCCCCGCCACCGCCCCUCCCUCCAGCCUCUGUUAUUGCAGCGGCUGUAGCUGAGACACUCGGAACAAUGGACUUCAGCCAGGAUAGUCCGGCCCGCGAAGAACAGUGGACAAAACCCAAACGCCGUCCUAGCACCCCACCCGCGCCACCGAAGACGCCCCCGCCUUCUUCCCCGCCCCACCCCUCCAUCACUUCCUCCUCUACCUCCCCUUCGUCCACCUCACUCCCCCAUCACCUCCCCUCUUCCUCAAACUCCCCACCACCUCCCCAACGUGACUCCUCUUCACCAGAGCCAGAUUCCACCAAUGAGAGUUUACCAUUCGUCUACCACAGCAGCAGCCUUGACUCUCGUAUUGAGAUGCUCCUAAAGGAACAGAAGGCUAAAUUUUCUUUCCUCGCCUCUGACGAGGAAGAUGAGGAAGAUAGGAAAGACGAGAAGCAGAGGGGGACACGUGGGGACAGAGGAGAACGAAGAGGUGGGACAGGUGAUGUAACAGGGGAGCACACAGGUGGUAAUCAGGUGGGAGACAAUGUGGAUAAGGACCACAGGAAGAAAGGGGAAAGAGACAGAGAUGGCCACAGAGGAAGGAAACGGGGAAAGGGAGGAGAGGGUAGGAAAAGUCCUACUGUACUUAAUGCAACCACACCAUCCUCCUCCACCUAUUCUCCCCAUAUCCCACCACCAGAGGAACCCCAGCCCCAGGUUGGCCUCACAGGGCCUGGAGCUUUGCAGGAGGAGUCCUCACAGGCUGGAUCAGCUGCUGAUACACGCAGCAGGACAGGAGCACACACACCACCUUAUAAUGGGCAGAGUCAGUCCUCCCCUCAUUCCUCAGGGGAAGACAUGGAGAUCUCAGAUGAGGAGGAGGAGGAGACUACCAUAACAACAGCGACCACCCACCAGCCCUCAGUCACUUCAGUUUCCUCACCCUCUUCAUCCCAGGCUGCCAUGCCUUCACAAACAGCUGACCCCUCUUCCUCACCCCCACCCAUCUCUGACUCUGCACAGCACUUUGGCACCUCCAUGCACCCUCCCAUGCCCUCCUAUCCUCCUCAUUUGCCUCCUCCUCCUCCCCCUGGUUAUUCCCUCCAGCCCCCACCUCCACCAGGGAUCCCUCCUCUUCCCCACAUGGAGCUGCACCCUGAGUAUCCGCCUCCCAUGCCCCACCACAUGUAUGACUAUGCCACCUCUAUGGAGCUGAUGAACCAGUACAGUGGUGGAGCUCCCAUGUCCUUCCAAAUGCAGACCCACAUGCUAAGUCGCUUACACCAGCUGCGCAUGUCGUCAUCCAACGGCACCCCAGGCCCUGGUGAGGCAGCCACUGCUGACUACUCUUCCUAUCAUCUCCACUCUAUGCCACCACCCCACACACACCACCCCUACAUGGACCAAGAGGGGAGCGGGGCGGGCGCUCAUUACGACCAGGACCACCGCUACAUGCCCCCUCACAUGCCAUACCCCUACGCCGACCCCCACAGCACUCAGAUACCACCCCCUCCACACCAUGGCAUCCCUCCUCCCCAUACAGGCUGGCCACCACAUGUCUUACCACCACACUACCCCUCUUACAUGCCCCCACCGGGCUAUGGCACCAUGCUGCCCGGGGAAGGAGACGAGUACAGGGCUCCAGGGGAGGAGAUGCCCAUGUUGGCUGAGAAUCCACAUGAGGCCACAGUGCAGAUGGUCCUGGGCACUCUGAUCCAGGAAAUGAAAAACAUCAUGCAGAGGGACCUGAACCGCAAGAUGGUGGAGAACGUUGCCUUUGCCACCUUUGAUGAAUGGUGGGAGAGGAAAGAGACCAAGGCCAAGCCCUUCCAGACAAUGGUAAGGGGGGUAUCUGCCUUGCGGGAUGAUGAGAAAAAAGAAGAAAAGGUCAACCGUCCACGGGAGCCUCUCAUGUCUCUUGUGGAUUGGGCAAAGAGUGGUGGCAUGGAGGGCUUUUCUCUCCGAGGAGCAUUACGACUGCCUUCCUUCAAGGUGAAGAGGAAAGAACCUCAAGAGCUUGAAGAGGGAGACAUGAAAAGGCCACGACCCUCAACUCCACCCGAUGAGGAUGACGAAGCUGCUGAUGGGAGAAUGCCAGAGGCGGACAGGCAUGGAGCUGAACGGGACAACAAGAGGAGAAAAAAGAAGCCAAGAAAUCGUAAACCCUGGGAGCUUGACAGUGAGGGAGAGGAAACAUCAGAUGGCUCCUCGACUGAAAAGGAGGAUGAGGAAGAGGAAGAAAGUGAAAAGGAGUCUGAUGAUGAUGCCCUUAGUGCCGAUAGUGAUGAUGAGAGCCUCUCCUCGUCCUCUGACGGCUCUUCCUCUUCAGCCUCCUCAUCUUCGUCUUCCUCUGAGGAUGAGGAUGAAGAGGAAGGAGAGAGGGCUGAGAGUGAAGGACCAGACACCAUGGAUGAAUCAACCAUGGACAGCACAACAGAGAAAGAGGAUGACAGGGAAAAUAACGCAGCUGCUGGUCCAAAGGCCGAGGUCAAAACAGGUGAAGCGAAGGACAGCAAGGCAGAUGCAACAACAGCACCCACUAAGCGGCCUCCAUCGCCACCAUACCCACGUCCUUCGUCUCCUAUUGUUCUCGUGCCCCCUCUCAAGAAACGCAGGAAAACUGUCUCGUUCUCCACGGAUGAGAAUGACAGCAAAGCACAGCUGUCGACUGCACCGCUCUCUCCCUCACAAGUGGCGGGUGAAUCUCCCUUCCUCUCUCCUAGCAGGGCCCCAGACUUUUCUGGCACUGCUGCCCCAACCGCCUCAACUCGUCCCAGUCAAGGCAUCCAGCUGCUCCCCUUUGCCUCAAAACCAGGUGAAGGAAAUGCCCUCAUUGUUCCCCCAUCUGGACGAACUCAAGACUCUGAUGAAUCCAAAAAGGGACCCCCUGUUUCUCCCCAGAGCACCCCUGUCAAAUCCCCCGGCAAACGAGGUGCAGGCAAAGACUCCCCCAAAUCUCCCACCCCUCCUGUUAUGGUGUGCCGCACUGUGCAGAACCUGCCAUUGGAUCAUGCUUCUAUGUGCAGGAUGGCCUUCGAGGAGGCCCCUCCUCCACCUACCGUUAAUAAGCGGUCCAGAGGCAGACCUCGGACAACCAGCUUGUCUGCUUCAUCCUGUCACUCCCUCAGAGAGGAAGAUGAGGAUGAGGAGGAAAGUGAGCAGAGGUUAAGACUCAGAGAGCAGGUGGGAGCGUCCAGCCUUCUGCAGCUGGCUUCAGCUUCAACCACUGACCUGUCUGUGUUGGCUGACGUAGCCUUGAAAAUGGACCCUGAUGCUGGGGACUCAGAGGAGACAGAGACAUCUGACGAGGCAGAGGAGCAGAAGAUGGAGGAGGAUCUCUUCUCCCCAGAAUCACUGGCCCUGGUUAUGAGCCCAGAGGGUGUAAUUGUCCUAAUGGAGCACAACUACUGCAAACUCCCUGUUCUCCCAGCACCACCCAGUACCAAAAGGACUUCCAGACAAGACUCUUCCGUCUUGCUCCCAGCAGACCUCAACACCAUUUCUGGGGUGCUUGAAGCUCCAGAGGAGGUCAUUGGAGAGGCCCUACCAUCCAGGGGAGAUACAGGAGAAUACUUGUCUGCAAUGGGAGUACCCUGUGAGUCUGAGGAUGUGGGCCAGGCUGCAGGUGUACCCCCAUCAUCAAAGAAGAAGAGCAUGAUUGGCAAGGGUUUCGAACUUGAGAAGGACAAGAGCAAAAAGAGGAGGAGAAAAGACAAAGAAAAUCUUGAGGUUCAUCACACAAAAAAACAGGAGCAGCCAGGCAAGAAACAGAAGAAGCGGAAACUAGAGGACUCAGACUUGGAGGAAGAUGUAGAUGUGGAGGAGCUCGAGUCUGGGGAGCUGUCUAGCUCAGACACAGAGGAUGAGGUGGUUGAGGAGGUGAGGAAGAGCGAGCGCCUCUUUCUGCAGGAGGCAGGGAUAACGUCGUCCCAACGCUGGCCCAAACCUGUUCCAGCACCUGAGCCUACAGCCCCUAAGUUUGACAACCGCAGUGAGUUUGAGCAGAUGACCAUCCUUUAUGACAUCUGGAACUCUGGUCUGGAUGGCGAAGACUUGAUGUUGCUGAGGAAGACUUAUGAGAAGCUUCUACAGGACGACCACAGCUCUGACUGGCUCAAUGAUACUCACUGGGUCAACCACACUAUAACCAAUUUGCCAAACCCUCGGCGUAAGAAGAAGAACGUGGAUGGACAGCUUCGUGAGCAUGUGACUGGUUGUGCCAGGAGCGAGGGCUACUACGCCAUCAGCCGCAAGGAGAAGGACGUCUAUCUGGACCUGGAUCUGCCUGAGCAGGUCAUACGGGAAGUGGAGAAUGUCGACACCUCGGGGGCCAACCGGGUGCUAUCAGAGAGACGCUCAGAGCAGCGCCGACUCCUCACCGUCAUCGGCACCACGGCUGUCAUGGACUCUGACCUGCUUAAACUCAACCAGCUGAAGUUCCGCAAGAAGAAGCUUCGUUUUGGACGCAGCAGGAUCCACGAGUGGGGCCUGUUCGCCAUGGAGCCCAUUGCUGCUGAUGAGAUGGUCAUCGAGUACGUGGGUCAAAACAUCAGACAGAUGGUGGCUGACAAUCGGGAGAAGCGGUACGCACAGCAGGGCAUCGGGAGCAGCUACUUGUUCAGAGUGGACCACGACACAAUUAUAGAUGCUACCAAGUGUGGCAACCUGGCUCGGUUCAUCAACCACUGCUGCACUCCAAACUGCUACGCCAAGGUUAUCACCAUAGAGUCCCAGAAAAAGAUUGUGAUCUACUCAAAGCAGGCCAUCGCUGUCAAUGAAGAAAUCACCUACGACUACAAAUUCCCCCUGGAGGAGAACAAGAUCCCCUGCCUGUGUGGAACAGAGAACUGCCGUGGGACACUCAACUAGUGGACGCACUUCUCUCCCUCACUUGGCAAUGGCCAGCCAGGCCCGGACACCCCCCUCCCCACUCCUCUCCCCCUCCGGGUUCACCCUCCUUAGAGUGUACAUCAAAAACAAAGCCACCCUCCUAUUCCCCUGGAUGGUCUUACAGCCGUCCAAACAAUACCCAGGAAACAGAGACGCACACACUUGCACUUUUCACGCACACUUUUCAUUCAUUUGGCAGUUUCACAAGCCAGUGUGUGGAGGGUUUGCGUAACCUGGCAUUUGAUUUCCAAGAGGGGGGCCUCUGCUUCAGCAUUAGCUCUUCUGUGGCAGUAUUGUUGGAGCAUGAUUGGGUAAUAUGCUCCAUGCAGCCAGGCAUGAAAGGUCUUUCUAUUUCCAUGCCAAUAUCCAUUUGAAGGAAGACAAUGAAAACUAGGGAAAAAAAACUAACAAAAAGAAGCACUGGUAUUUUAUGUCUACAUCAACUCACAUAAUCAACAGCCUGGGAUCUCUGUUCCAGCAUCAAUUCCCAAAUGCACCCACCCACCCCACAGAUCCGCACACAGACGCACAGGAAUAUCAGUCAAAUUCAGGGUUUUUAGAAGUGCUUGUUAAGGGCGCACUUUUCAGAUGACAAACUCAAGUCAAUUUGGUCUUCAGUUAUGCAAGAUUUCCAAGUGUGAAGAUUGUUUUGGAGCUUUUUUUUAAAUUUCAUUUCAUAGUAUUAUUAUAAUAUUACUAUUGCUGUUAUUAAUGGUAUUGUUAUUUAGUUGCAUUAGCUGUAAGUAUCUUACAGUGAAAUGAGCUUCAGUGUACCCACCCACUGUCUUCAGUGGCUUGUGUUUCACCAGCUCUAUAAAACUGUUGUUUCCCUUCUUCACCGUGUGUUACUCUCCUAAUUUGACACAACCCUCUGUCUGGAUGAGAGUAAAGUCCUUUGAACUACUGUUUUUAACCCAACGUGAAAAAUAUGUCCGUUAAGUUCAAGCUAAAAAUAUGUUAUUUUUACAUGGCUGCUGAAUUUUGUCUGCAGGAUCAGCACAACUGAAAUUGGCCCGUGUUUUUUUCUUUUUUGACCACUCCCCGAGUUUGAGCUAAGGUUUUGUGAGGAGGACUUGUUAAGUGUUUUGUUUAGGAUCUGUCGGUCUGUCUGUGUUCAGCUGUUGCUUCCAUGGCAAAUGUUUUGAUUUAACCAGCAGAUUCCUGUCAGAUUCCUGUUUCAAGAGGGUGAAAACAUUUUCUGCGAGUUCUCCUCUCCUCAGCCGUUAAAGCAAAGAUGACCACCAAACUCCUGCAGGUUCUAGUAUAAUUGUCUGGUCUCUGUUUAACUUAGUCCCUGUGUGUGCUACAGAUGUUUUUAAAAGGCAGAUUUAUUUCAUUAGGUCAGAUCUCUUUAAAGGUUUAGUUACGUAAAGUUCCUUUUUUCCAGUUUUGUCACCCUUUCCAGAAUGCAUUAGUACGUGUUUUAUUUUGAGAGUGUGGAAUAGUUCACCCCAUACACAACAUGCCUCCCUGAAAAAUAUAUUGGCUAAAGGCAAACAAAUGUCUUGCUUACAAACUGUUUGCAGUGUAGACGGGUGGAAGGUAUAAACUGUGUGUGCCCGUUCGAUAAAUGAGCCUCAGAAGGUUUGUGAUACGCUGCAGACAGACGGAUGUCUAUGGCCCUCGUGUUGUGUCUCUGUUUUUCAUAUGGCUAUGGCCGUCCAAAGUUUAACUUUCAUUUUGAACUUUUAAACAGCAGAAGACUCCUUUUUAUUUUGUUCCCUCCCAAACAGGAAAGUGUGUAAGAUAUUUCUUGUAAUGAAAGCCUUUCAGUACAAACCAACCCUCUUUACUACAAGAUUAAAAAGAUGAAAGGAAAAAAAAAUUCAAAGAAGUACAUGUAAAUAUUGUAGAGGUGUUUGUUUCUCGUAGAAACACACUGAUUCCAAGCUGUAAAUAUGUUGUUCCUUUUCCUCUCUCCAUGAGGAGGAAACAUGUACAUACCUUCCAUUCAUUUAUUUUUUAUUGUUUUUCCUUUUAAUUUGAUGAUUAUUUUAAUAUUAUUUGCAAUAUUUCUCUUGUAUUAAUGCGUUGGACCCUUUAUUAAUGGUGCAUUAAAAUAUUUUUUAAAUAAAAGAA